AUGAGAGAGAAAGAGAAGGACGAACAAAAUGGGGUUGAGGACCAGACUGAUCGAGUAACUAAAGAUACAUCGAAAAGUAAGGAUUGGGCUGCGGCUGACCUUGAAAAGGUCACCGAUUUCAAUGAAGAUAGCGAUAUCGGUCGAGAAGUAUCAAAUGAGAAACUUGACAGCUUGAUCAGCGGACCUAGUGGACCAUUAAGGGAAAGCGGGAAAGUUGUCAACGUGAGAAAAGAGGACGUACUACUUAUCAUGGAUGAAUUGGAAUUGCCAAGAAUUCGAGCGGAGAAAAAGCUGAUUGAGCAUAAUGGCGACAUUAUAGCAGCGACAAAGGAUCUCCUUGGCUUUUGA